AUGGAAGGAUGUAGUACAUGGCAAUUGAGAAAAGUAGUGGAUAAUCAUAGUUGCAGUAGGCAAUUCAACAUUAAAAUGAUGAAUGCUAAGUGGUUGAGUGAGACAUUAUAUAAUUCACUACAACAAAAUCUGAAUUUGAAGAUAAAUGAAAUUCACUCAAAAGCUUUGAGGAAAUGGAAUACGAAUGUCACACUUUCUAAAGUUCGUAGGGCAAAGAUAAUGGCAUCUGAAAAACUUGAAAGUAGUUUCCAAAAUCAGUUCAAAAGAAUUCAUGACUAUGCACAUGAAUUAUUGAAAUGUAACCCUAGUUCAACAAUACAAGUUAAAGUGGAUAGUCAAAAUGGAUUGUAUAAGGGGGAGUUAUUAACAGCUAUUGGGAGAGAUCCUAAUGACCAGAUGUUACCUCUGGCAUACGCAAUUGUGGAAGUAGAGAACAAAGAUAGUUGGACAUGGUUUCUAGAGUUGUUGAUAGAAGACCUUGGGGGUGUUGAAGUUGGCAAUGCAUGCACUUUUAUGUCUGAUCAACAAAAGGGUUUGUUGCCAGCUAUUGAACAACUUUUACCUAAGGCAGAGCAUAGAUUUUGCAUGCGACACAUGUAUGCAAAUUUUAGGAAAAAGUUCUCUGGCCAAAAGUUGAAGAAUCUAAUGUGGAAAGCUGCUGCAAGUACAUAUCCCCAAGUUUGGGAAAAGGAGAUGUUAAAUAUGAAGGAAGUGAAUGAAGAGGCUUACAAAUAUCUAAUUGGUAUCCCGCCAAGUUGGUCUGCAGAAAAAAUCUUUGAAGUUAGGCAUUAUGCACAGAUUACAAACAAGUUUGCAGUUAACCUGGACAACCAAGAUUGUACGUGCAGGAAAUGGCUUCUUACUGGGAUCCCUUGCUUCCAUGCAAUUGCAACCAUGAAGUUCCUAAAUUUAGAUCCAGAAAAUUAUGUACCCAUUUGGUUCAGACGGUCAACGUAUGAAGAAGCAUGUGCCUCCAUCAUAUUUCCAGUCAAUGGCCACCUAUUAUGGGAAAGAACAACCUACGUAGACGUCCUCCCACCAUUCAACAGAAAAUUACCUGGCAGACCAAAGAAGAAAAGAAGGUUGGAGCAAUGUGAGCUAAGGAGGGAUGAGACCCAGAUGACCAAAGGUGGCCACCGCAAGAAAUGUAGUAUUUGUCGUCAAGUUGGACAUAAGAGAAAUAAAUGCCCUACUCAACAUCAAGCAGACCUACCAGGACCAUCCCAACCACCACCCCAACAACCAACUGAGGAAAUUACACAACUAUCUCAACCACCAACUGAGGAAAUGACACAACAAUCUGAACCACCACUAAUCAGACCCGACAAGUUACCAAUUAGAAGACAACAUGCUUUAUAA